AUGGGUGUCCUCGAGAAGAUUCGUGAUAUUGAGCAAGAGAUGGCUCGGACGCAGAAGAACAAGGCGACGGAGUACCACUUGGGCCUCCUGAAAGCCAAACUCGCGCGGUACCGCGCAGAGUUGCUGGAAGGACAGAGUGCAAAGAGCGGCGGGAAGGGCGAGGGAUUCGAUGUUGCGAAGAGUGGUUACGGUCGAGCGGUUUUGAUCGGCUUCCCGUCGGUCGGCAAGAGUACCCUCCUCAGCAAGGUCACGAACACGGAGAGUGUAGCAGCCGCAUAUGCCUUCACGACGCUCGUGGCUGUUCCUGGCGUUCUCGAUUGCGAAGGCGCGAAAGUCCAGCUUCUGGAUUUGCCCGGAAUCAUCGAGGGCGCUUCCAGCGGUCGCGGACGAGGAAGGCAGGUCGUUGCGGUAGCAAAGACAGCGGAUCUGGUUGUUAUGAUGCUUGACGUGACGAAGGGCGACGAACAGCGACAACAGCUCGAGCACGAACUGGAAGAGAUCGGCAUCCGGCUGAACCGCUCCAAGCCCGACGUCGUCUUCAAAGCCAAGACAGCCGGAGGAAUCACCAUCAACUCGACGGUUCCACUGACCAGGACCGACGAGCGGACGAUCAGGGGUAUCUUGCAGGCUUACAAGAUCCACAAUGCCGACGUGAUGAUCCGCGAAGACAUCUCGACGGACGACCUCAUCGACGUCAUCCUAGGCAACCGGAAAUAUGUUCCGUGUCUCUACGUCUACAACAAGAUCGAUUCUAUCUCGCUCGAAGAAGUCGACCGCCUCGCCCGGCUCCCUCACACGAUGGUCAUGUCGUGCGAGCUUGACCUCAAUCUCGAAGUCUUCAAGCGGCGGGUGUGGGAGAAGAUGGGCUUCAACCGCGUGUACACGAAGAAGCGCGGCGAGGAACCGGAUCUGGGGGACCCGUUGGUCAUCAAGACGGAUGCCACAAUGGAGGCGGUGUGCGACAGCGUUCACAGGGGCAUCAAGAACAAGUUCAAAUAUGCCGUCGUCUGGGGCAAGUCGAGCAAGUUCGCGCCGCGACCACAGAAGGUUGGCCUAACACACCGAUGCGCGCAAGACGAUGUCGUUUCGAUCGUCACAAAUGUGUAG